GCAUGCAUUUACUGUCAAGGAUGUCUAGUUCAUUCUUCCUCGGUGGCUUGGAGUGGAAGUGCUGCCUUCAGCUGAGGAAAGACACUGCUGAUCCUGUAACAUGGAGGAUUGUCUUCAUACCUCAUCUGAGAAUCUGUCCAAAUUGGUCAGCUGGGCCCACAGCCAUGGGACCAUUUGCAGCCUCAUUCCAAACCUGAAACACUUGCUUUCUGAAGGUUCCCAUGGGAACCUGACUGCUAUGUGGGGCUGUAGUGCCGGCCAUGCGUACCACUGGCCACUAACAGCUACUUGCAGAGCUGGGUCCCAAGAGAGGGUUUGUUUCCAGGACAACCGAAGUUUUAAUUCUGAUAGUCCCAGUAUAAUUGGGGUGCCUUCCGAGACACAGACUAGCCCUGUGGAAAGGUACCCCGGGAGACCUGUGAAGUCAAAGCUGGACUGUAACCGGACCAGAGACUCUUGUGACUUCUCUUACUGCAGUGAGCCCUCUGAACUGGAUGAAGCUGUUGAGGAGUAUGAAGAUGAGAACACGCUGUUUGACAUGGUUUGUGAGUCUUCUGUUACAGAUGAGGACAGUGACUUUGAACCCCAAACCCAGAGGCCUCAAAGCAUUGCUCGCAAAAGGCCAGGAAUAGUCCCAUCUUCCAUCCAUUCAAGUUCCCAGGGACAGAUGGUCGAUGAAUGCAGUAAUGAUGUCAUCAUCAAGAAAAUCAAGCAAGAGAUUCCAGAAGAUUAUUACAUUGUUGCAAAUGCAGAGCUGACUGGAGGAGUAGAUGGACCAGCCCUUUCAUUGACACAGAUGGCAAAACCCAAGCCCCAGACUCAUGCUGGUCCCUCCUGUAUAGGGUCUGCUAAACUGAUUCCCCAUGUAACAUCUGCCAUCAACACGGAAUUAGACCCACACAUUAUGUCAGCGUCCCCCUCUGUGAUCUCCAGACCAAUCAUCCCAAAGACUGCUAGGGUAUCUCUGGCUUCACCAAACAGAGGACCCCCUGGUGCCCAUGGCACUGCCCACCAGGUGACCAUGCAGAUGCCUGUGAGCACAUCACAUCCUAACAAACAGAUCAGCAUCCCUUUGUCUGCCCUGCAGCUGCCUGGACAGGAUGAGCAAGUUGCUUCGGAGGAGUUCCUGCCCCAUUUGCCUAGCCAGGUCUCAUCUUGUGAGGUAGCCCUUUCUCCCUCUGUUAACACAGAGCCUGAAGUGAGCUCCAGUCAACAGCAGCCCCCUGUUGCUCCAACCAUAACCACUGAAGCUACUGCACAAUGCAUUCCAGACCAGGAUGAAAGAGCAGCUGAGCUCAGCAGGGAGCAGAACGAGAAAACCAUCAGGAGCACACAGACUGCGCUCCGCAAUUUCCGGGAGUUCCUCAUCUCCAAGUACCCUUCCGAAACCAGAGAGAUCUAUGUCAUCCCUUGCAAGGAGCUAGAUGCCUACCUUGCCUCCUUCUUCGUGGAUGCUAGGCAGAAGGAUGGGUCUGAGUACGAACCCAACAGCUUGGCAAAUUACCAGUGUGGGCUGGAACGGUACCUGAAAGAGCACAGGUAUGGCUACAGCAUCACCAGGGAUAAGGAGUUCAAGCGUUCCCAGGAGGCCCUGAAACAGAAGCAGAUUGAGCUUCGCUGCAAAGGCAAGGGGAACAAGCCACACAAGUCCAUGAAGCUCACCUUUGCCGACGAGCUCAUCCUGCGGAAGAGGGGACUGUUGAGCAGGUACAACCCCGAGGGUCUGCUCAACCUUGUCUGGCUCAACAAUACAAAAGCUUUUGGCCACUGCACAGGCUUCCAUGGAUCCACCUUGAAAUGGGGUGAUAUUCGGCUCCGAGUCACAGAAACUGGGCUUGAGUACUUGGAAUGGAUGGGUCAGGACACUGGUGAUCUGAAUGCCAAAACCAAGAGAGGAGGAACAGACUCGCGAGUUUAUGCCACCCAGCAUGCCCCACAGACCUGCCCGGUGCAAGACUAUAAGGAGUAUGCCCAGCGGAGGCCUCCUGCUAUGCGCUAUGAGGACGCCCCCUUCUACUUGUCCAUCAAGCCAGUCGUGAACCUGGCAGCUCUUCACUGGUACAAUUGCCAGGCUCUUGGCAAGAACAAGCUAGCCAAGAUGGUGAAGACCAUGUGUGAGAAGGGCAACAUCCCUGGCAGGAAGACCAACUUCAGUGUCUAUCAGAGCUGUAGCACCUUGUCUGAGGCCCAGAGCAAUCAGCUGGUGCUUAUCUGUAACAACCUGAGCCAGCAGGCUGCUCAGUCUGUGGCUGGCCACUCCAGCAGCGGCAACUUCAUCGUCUCCUCCUAUGACUCCUCCUCAGACACGGCCUGACCAGGUGGCUCGUUCAAGACCUCACUUUGGCUUCUGUGUCCCAAGAAACCACCAUGUGUACUGCAUUGUGUCCCUUCCACCUGCCCUCACUGCUAACUUUAUAAAAUGCAAAUCUCUAUUUUUCUUUUUACAGAUAAGCCAAUGGCAAUAGUUUAGUAUUAUACUAACACAGUAUUUAUAGGCUUGAGACAAACAAGUGUGCUCGUGGGGGAUGACAUAUCAUUGCUGUUACAGACUUGCCAAAACCAUAGUGGUUCUCAGGCAACUGUAGAGAAAGAAUUCCGUUUAAAAAAACAAAUCAGAAAGGAAACCGAGAGUCAUUCAAGACACUGUGUUCUCAGCUCCUCCUCCUGCCUCACCUCCUGCUUUUAGUCUCCUUCAUAGAUGGAUUUAUUUUUUUAAUUUUUAAAGAUUACAUAUGAGUCAGGAGACAGCUUUACUGUCUGUGCAGUAUUGUUGAGCCAGAUCAGAACGUGGUGUCAUAAGCUCAACAUGAAGUUAUUUACAUAUAUUUUUAGUAUGGAGUUUUAGCUGUGCCUCAUUUUCACCAGAUAUGGAGAUCCCAAACACAUAAAGGUCUUUCUUUUGGUGAGGUGGGGUGUAGAAGAGGAAUAAAGGUGCCAUUCUCUUUUGGAGAUGUCUCAUUUAAAAAUAAUAUGCAAGGUCUUCUACUGGGGGGUGGGGUCGGGUGGAUAAAAGAUUGUUCCAUAGCUCGUUUUUUUAGUGCUGUGCUUGGACCUUAAUAGAAUGUUCUUUGUCCCUAAGUCAGUGGAAAUGAAUUUGAUCAUCAGAUUUACAAGAAAUCUAAAACUACCAAAAACUUUGAGGAUAUUUGAGUGAUAGAUUGUAUAUCAAGCACAAGAGAGAAGGUAGAGAAUAGAGGCCCCCACUAAAAAAGUCUGACGGGUUGGUAGAGCCAAGCUGCAGUAUCCUGUUACUAUGUCUAAGCAUUAAGUUCGGCUCUUUUCUCUAGUGGUUACUUGACUCUGAGCUUAAGAUCAAAGGAACAUUGACACCCAUUUUAAAUCACAAUAUUUUGUUACCAGGCUUAGCAGAAUUCAAAGCAUUCUUCAGUUUCUUCUCAGUAAAUAGAAAUGCGUUUAUCUGUGAUACUCUGUAGUUCAAAUAAUUUUAGUUUAACAUUUAUCAUGGUUUUUUUAGUCUUUGUUUUUAAGUCUUGAAGAUGUAUUAAAUGAUUAGUUAAGACGCUUCAAAAAUGUAGAUCAGAGCUACAGUGAGACUGAGCUGGGGUCCUCCCCACCCUGUACAACCGGUAAUGUGUAAGGACUGCAAACCAUCGUUGGUUUGUCACGUCUGAGCGCCCUGUUGGGGCAGGUGCUUAUUCUUCAAGUCAACCUUGUAACUCACAUUAGCUUGGAAGGUAGGUGGUAUUUUAUAUUAUGACAAAAAGACAGAUUUUGUAUUUGUUUUACUAAGUUGUCACAGAGCCAAGCUUCCCCAUGGCCAGGUCGCUCUUUGCAUCAAUAAGUAACAAGCACACAAGGGCUUCUAGGUUAUGGUCUCCUAGUGCAGAAGUAGCAGGUCUGCCUGGGGCACUGCUGGGUAGAAUAUCUCCAUGAACUUGUCCUUCCAAGAAAAGCAUUGGUAAGAAAAGGUGUGUCUAUUUCUCUACAAGUGUUGUCUAAGCCUUUUCAGCAACCUUAAGGAGAAAGUAAGUUAUCUUGAUUUUAGGAUGAAAUUGUGAUAAGUCGGUUAAAUGAAGAAGGAAUAGUCUGCUUUCUCACUCCUGAGCCUUUUCUGUUUGCCCUUUUCAGUGUGAGCUCCUUGUUGGUGAGCAGUGUCUUCCAUCCCUGUAGGCUGUCUGCUUUAACGGAAUGCUGGGCCAUGUGCCACAGCUGCAAACUGUCCUCUAACCCACCUCCCCGGUGCCUCCUCUUGUACACACAGGGCUUUCUCCCAGCUCCUCUGCAGAGCUUCCCCACUCCUCCUCCUCUGGAGCUGGUCUGUGAGCUCAUGACAAGUCCAUUAUAAGGGAGCUUUUUUGAAGGCCCUUUUUAUGUGGUAUACUUACCAUGUUUAAAGUUUCUAGAAAACUCUUAUCUAAGACAUAGUUUGUAAAUCAUGUUGUGUUGACAGCAGAGUAUUUGAGAAAGAAGGCCUGUGUCAGCAUUGAACUGAGAGAUCAGACAGCAGUGGUGAGUCCCUGCUGGUGUGUGCUCCGUACCGACAGGAAAACCUGCCCUGCUUCAUCCUACGUAUCACAUUUUCAUCCAGACAAUAUUACAUCAGUAAUGUGAAUUUUUUAUUUAUUUAUGUUUUGCUGUGAAAACUAACCAAAUAGGAACACUGUGAUAUUUAGAUUAAAACAACCUUUUGAAAAAAUGGCUUACUAGAAGAAGCAUAGACAGUUUAGAACUUCUUUAAUUAAAUUAUAAGAGUGUGACUACCUCUAAAUUCUUUG